AUGGCCAGAGUCAAGUCCCUCAUGCUGGGCUAUCAGCUCAUAGCUGUCGUUGGAAUUCUACUGGUGGGCCUGUUCGUGUCGGAGCUGAUGGAGGACAGCAAGCGGCAUUCAGAGGCCUGGCUCAUCACACGACUCGUCCUCGCCAUCUUCCUCUACGUCUACGUCAUCCUCAGCCUGGUGCCGCUGUGGGCCUUCUUUAGCGAGUGGCGCGGGCGCGGGUGCAAGGCCCUCAUGCGGCGGCUGGUGUCGGUGCCCACCGUGCUGCUCCUCCUCUCGCUGGUGGCCCUCGUCGCCGUCGACUCGGUCUCGUUCCUGGUCAAGCAGGAGGACCGCGCCCUGUUCGGCGCCUUCCACGUCCUCAGCAUCCUCUGCGCCCUCUUCGAGUUCGUCUUCCUGAUGCUGCGCCAGCGGCAAGCGAAGGAGGACAUGCGGAUGAACUCGCGGGUGUGCGACCUGCUGGUGAUGUCCAUCGUUACCAUCUACAGCGCCCUGGCCGUGGUCGACGUCGUGGGUUCGGCGUACGGGUACGCGCACCGGCUGGAGAAGAAGCUGCCGGAGGUGGUCCCCAUCUCGACCCUCGUGCUGCCACUCGUGGUCGAAUUCCACCGUAACAUCGCACGCCAUUGGCUCAAAUUUAACUUUGAACCCCAUGCGCACAAACGCGGCGAGCGGGUGUGCUUCCCGGGCGAGGGAGUGCUGCUGUUCGUGGUGGCGGCGCUGAUGAUGCUGGCCAUCGCGUUCAUACCCCACACCUGGCGCUACCUGUUCGCCCUCCUCUCCGUGCUGGUGGGCAGCCUGCUCUUCUACACCAUCUUCGCCCUCUGGCACUGGACCCCGACCGAUCCCGCCCUCUACCGCAACCUCGCCGCCCACUGGGUGGUGAUAACGUUCGAUCGAGUGCUGCUGGGCAUUACGUCGUCUGUGACGUCGGUCAUCUUCAUCGUGUUCGUCUGUACCCAGGCCGAGAAUGCGAUGGUGGUGAUCACGCUGCUCCUGCUGCUGUUCACGCACAUCAUGCAGACCUUCUUCAUGAUCUGGCUCAUGGACAUCAAGAAGAUCAGCACCAACUGGACCCACCUCGGUCGAUUCGGUCAGCUGGCGAUGAUCGUGUACAAUUUGUUCGCGUUCCUGCUCUACGCCUUCUACGCCAACGACGCCUACGAGAGCUCCUCCGCCGCCGGUAAGGUGGUGAUUGUGGUCUCGUUCUUCGUGGCGACGUCGUUCUGGGACCUGGCGAUCCACUGGUCCGAGUUCUCGUUCGUGCGGCCGGGCGAGGCGCAGGAGGUGGUCGAGGAGGAGCACGGCUACGUGUACCACGCCGUCGGCGACGGGGACGACAACGACGACGAGCGCCAGCGCUACUACAAGGACGAAGGCGAAGAGGCGCAGCACCACCAGCCGGCCGUGCUGACGUCAUACAUCGAGGGCGGCGCGCAGGCCGACUGA